AGGCAUCACCCAGUUGAAAAGGGGAAAUAAAAUAAAAGAAAUUGAGAGGGGAUAUUUUGUUGGCAUUGGCGGGAGGGAGAGAGGGAGAGGAGGACUUUACUAAUUCCAGUCUGGUUAGCAAACCCUAAGGUAGAAACAUUUUGUGCGGAACCAUGGAAGGCGCUAAAAGGAGAAGAGAUCAGGAUCAGGAUCAGGAUCAGGAUGACGACAGCGGCGGAGAGAAUCAGAAUCAGAAUCAGAAUCAGAAACAGGAGCGGAGCGCCAGCGAAGACCAGAAAAGCCCAGAGCUCGAUGAUGACGAUUUCCAGGAAACCCGUCCUCAGUCCAAGCGUAGUCGCACCCUUCCUCCCCAUCAGAAUCUCAUAGAGGUUGUGAAAGGGAACGUGGAUCUUAUUCCUAAAGCCGUCAAGAUCUGGGUUGAAAGAUAUGAAAACUCUCCUAACCUUGCUACCUCUCAACUCUUGUCCAUGCUCUUUGAGGCUUGCGGUGCUAAAUACUCCAUCAAAGAAGACCUGCUUGAUGAGACUGACGUCGAUGAUGUUGUCGUUGCUCUUGUUAAUCUUGCUAGAUCCGGGGAAAUUGAAGAUUAUCACACUUCUAGAAAGAAGGAGCACAAGAACUUCAAAGAAAAUCUUGUUUCUUUCUGGAAUUACUUGAUUACCGAGUCCCAGAAUGGACCUUUGUUUGAUAAAGUCUUGUUUGACAAGUGCAUGGACUUCAUUAUCGCACUCUCAUGUACUCCUCCUCGAGUUUACCGCCAAACUGCCACGCUUAUGGGUCUCCAACUAGUCACUUCCUUUAUUUCUGUAGCCAACACUCUCGGUUCCCAGCGUGAAACCACCCAAAGGCAAUUGAAUGCUGAAACCAAGAAAAGACCUGACGGCCCUCUUCUUGACUCCCUCAACAAAAGGUUGUCUCUUACUCACCAACACAUUACUACUUUGGAGGACAUGAUGCGCAAAAUUUUCACUGGGUUGUUUGUACACCGAUAUCGAGAUGUUGACCCCGAUAUUAGGAUGUCAUGCAUUCAGUCUCUGGGCAUUUGGAUCUCUUCUUAUCCUUCUCUUUUCUUACAAGAUCUCUACUUAAAGUAUCUUGGAUGGACGCUUAAUGACAAAGCUGCCGGAGUGAGGAAAGCUUCUCUCCUGGCAUUGCGAAAACUUUAUGAGAUGGAUGAAAACGUCCCCACUCUUGGUCUAUUCACUGAGAGAUUUUCCAAUCGAAUGAUCGAGAUGGCUGAUGAUGUUGAUUUGUCUGCAGCUGUCUGUGCUAUAGGCCUUGUAAAGCAGUUGCUAAGACACCAGCUGAUUCCUGAUGACGACCUUGGCCCUUUGUACGAUCUACUUAUUGAUCAACCCCAGGAAAUUAGACGUGCCAUUGGAGAGUUAGUGUAUGACCACUUGAUCGCACAAAAGUUCAACAGUUCUCCAUCCGGUCUUACAGGUCAUGAUGAUUCUUCCUCUGAGAUCCAUAUCUUCAGAAUGUUACAAAUAUUACGGGAGUUUUCCACAGAUCCAAUCUUAAGCGUUUAUGUAAUUGAUGAUGUUUGGGAGUACAUGAAGGCCAUGAAGGACUGGAAGUGUAUCAUCUCUAUGCUUUUGGAUCAGAAUCCUCGGACUGGGUCUACUACUGACGAAGACUCAACAAACUUGGUCAGACUUCUGUUUGCGUCAAUCAGAAAGGCUGUCGGAGAGAAGAUAAUCCCUUCAACGGAUAAUCGAAAGCAGUAUCACAGUAAAGCUCAGCGAGAAAUGUUUGAGAACAACAGGAAAGAUAUAACGGUUGCAAUGAUGAAGAACUAUCCACAACUUCUACGUAAAUUCAUGGCUGACAAAGCGAAAGUGUCAUCUCUGGUGGAGAUUGUUAUGUUUAUGAAACUCGAGCUCUAUUCUCUUAAACGACAGGAGCAGACUUUUAAGGCCGCCGUCCGAUUGAUUAAGGAUGCGUUUUUCAUGAACGGGGAGAAGGAAGCACUAAGAUCUUGCGUUAAGGCUAUAACAUUUUGUGCGUCGGAAAGUAAAGGGGAACUUCAAGAUUUUUCCCGUGGGAAGCUUAAAGAUCUUGAAGAUACGCUUUUCGAUAAACUCACUUCUGCAAUUAAAGAAGUCAAGGAUGGAAAUGAUGAAUACUCCCUCCUUGUAAAUCUGAAAAGGUUAUAUGAGCUUCAGUUGUUAAAGCCUGUUCUUGGUGAGAGCAUGUACGAUGAGCUUGCUAUGACGCUCCAUGAUUUCAGAAAUUUGGACGAAGAGGUUAUCUGUUUUCUCCUCCUGAACAUGCAUAUGUACGUGGUGUGGUCUCUGCACUCCGUCGUAAAUUGUGAAACUGUCUCCGAAGCUUCCUUAUCUUCCCUUAUAUCAAAACGCGAUAUCCUGUUUGCGGAGCUUACUUACUUCCUAAAUGGAGUUGAGGAAUCGAGAAAAUAUGGUAAUCAGCUAGCUCUCAGGAUUUGUGCUUUACUUGCGGAAGAGUGGUGUCUUUUUAGAAAGUCAACUUUUGAGUCUAGUAAACUUGAAAUGUUAGGAUAUUGUCCAGAGAGUGUUAUUCUCAAGAAAUUUUGGAAACUCUGUGAAGAAAUUUUUAACACAUCAGAUGAGACUGAUGAGGAGGAUGAAAAUAAGGAGUAUGUUGCUGAGACGAACAGAGAUGUUGCAGCCAUUGCUGCCUGCAAGUUGGUUAAUUGUGGUGUGGUGCCGAAGGACUAUCUAGGACCAGAGAUAAUAUCUCAUCUUGUUAUGCAUGGACCUAGUGUUACAGAAGUCAUAAAGAAUCUUAUAACAUGCUUAAGGAAAACAGAAGAUGACAUCUCCAGUAUCUAUAUGGAAUCCUUGAAAAGGGGAUAUCAACGGUAUGAAAGCGAACUUUCUUGUGACGGUGGAGAAUCAAGAGUGGAAAAAUGUCUUCAAGUGUGCCGGGAGCUUGCUGGUCGGCUAUCAGGAAUGUAUGUUGGUGCUGCUCGCAACAAACACAGACUGGAGAUUUUGAGCGUGGUCAAGGAAGGUGUUGAGUUUGCAUUUAGGGACGCACCGAAACAAAUGUUGUUUUUGGAAGUUGCUAUCCUUCCAUUUGCAACGAGACUCUCAGUGCCGGACAUCAUUGACAUUAAGAGGGAGGUUCAGGGGCGUAUGGUGCAUGUUAAUACAGAUGAAGACCCCAGCGGAUGGCGUCCUUGCUUUACCUUCUUAGAAACAUUGGAGGAGAAAUGCUUAAAAACCGAGGAUGUACAAGACGACAAGGAAGGAGUAGCUGUAAAACGAAAGGGACGGCCCAAAAAACGUGCUGAAACAGAGCGAAAGAGACUGUUUGAUGAGGAAAGCGGAAGCGAUGACGAUGAAUCCAUCAGUGGUGGCUCGGACAAAGAAGACAAGGGAGAUUUUGUAGACGAGGACGCUCCUCUUAUUGAGACAAUCAGGUCGGCUGCAAGACGGAGGGCAGUAAGAGGAGAACGGUCCAAGUGACAAUUGACUCGAGAGUGUACGGCUAUCGGUUUAUUUGUAUGUGCUUUUGGACAGAUUAAAGUGUUUCUAGUAUUCUGUUUGAUACAAUGUAGGAGAAACGAAACAAAACCUUGCUCUGUGUUAUAUGAAUGGUAAUCUAAGUGUUUGUUUUAAAGGUUUA